UCAAAUUUCGAUUACUGGAAGUCUAUGAUUUUAGAAAUUAAAAGAACACUCUCAGACAAGGAGACAAAGGAAUGUUAUACGAAAUAUUUGUGGAGUCAAGACAAUGUAGAUGACCAAAUCCCCACAAACAACUUUCGCAACUUUCGUUUUACAUGCAAUAAUAGCAUAGACUUCAACACCGCAAGUGCCUUAACUGUGAAACUAUUUGCAGAAGAAAUACCAGCGCUUAACCAAGAUGCCAAGAGGAUUUCUUGUAAAGAGAACAAAGAACACGGGACAGUUUUCUUACCGAAUAAGACAUUGCUCCGACGAAGAUAGAAGUGAAAGUGGAUCCGACCAGGAAUAUGUGCAAACGAACUUUGGGUCGCCAGACUCCGGUUAUUCUGCGUCGCCGACUUUCGCCACAUUCCGUGAGCGCUACGGACAUUACGGCGACAUAGCGAGCUACGCGCAGUCACCACUGGCAUCUCCACAGAAAAUCACCUACGGUUAUCCCUCUCCGCUGUGUUAUUCGAACUUUGAUCGUCUGUCUGUUUGUUACGACGCACCAUUAGACUUGAAAAUCAACAAAACCAACAAUAUCAAUUAUGACGACGAAAAACCUUUGGACUUUUCUAAAACGCCACUCAAAUCGCCAUCACCGGAAAGAAUUCCUGUGCCACCUGCAAAAUUUGAACCAUCUACUCCAAUAAGCCCUAACAAACGACGUGGUAAUUCUGACGGCUCUGAGAACAAAUUAAAAGUAACUAAAAAGCCAAAAGCAGCAAGAAAAAUUAACUUCGAUGAAGACAAUUCUUCUCCAGUUUCUGGAACAAUAAUUCGCAAACUGACGGACGAGGUUGAUGGUGCGAGGAUUGUGUGUGGAGAUAUAGACAGUAAGUUUAACUGUGUUGAGGUGACCCCAGAGGCCAAGGCAGAGUUGGCUAAGAUAGAGAACCGGAUAGGCGAGUAUGUGUGCCGCUUGUGUAAGGAUCGGUUUGAGGACGCCUUCCAGCUGGCUCAGCAUCGGUGUUCUAUGAUCAUCAAUAUCGAGUACAGGUGUCCGGAAUGCGAUAAGGUCUUCAACUGCCCUGCAAACCUGGCUUCCCAUCGCCGAUGGCACAAACCUCGGCCCAACACUAAGAAGCCGGUUUCAACGCCAAUGAAGAUUCUUCCAGCCAUGCAGGUCCUGGAUCAAGCUGUGCUAGGACAACCAGACUCUAUAGCUCUGAGUCCCAAAGUGCCCACAGAGGAGAAGCAGUUCCCUUGCGACCAAUGCGGCAAGAAGUUCCGUCGUCAGGCCUACCUCAAAAAGCACAUGCAGACACACGACACCGACUCCAUCUAUGUAUGUCAGUAUUGUAGCAAGAUCUACCCGAACGACAACGCUCGUGCUAAACAUGAACAAACUCACACUGUUGGCAAGGAACUCACGUGCACGUUGUGCAAUACGUCAUUUCCUAAUAAAAUUGUCCUCGAGAAACACGUGCGUCAACAUGGCAACGAUAAGUUUGAUUGCAAAUACUGUGACAAUUCCUUUUGCAGUUCACCCGGAUUGACCAGACACAUUAAUAAAUGCCACCCGUCGGAGAACAGACAGGUUAUUCUUCUGCAAAUUCCAGGAAACCGCAACUGCUAGAUACAAGCGGGUUUCACUUUAUCGACAAUGUAGAGCAUGACGUUAGUUUGAAAUGUAUAUGUGCCUUGCUGUAGGGACAGGGGUAGUGUGUUUUUGUGCCUUGGACAGUGUAAUAGCUUUGUGAUUGUAACCGUUUACUAACAGCAUGAACAUUAGUGGACAUGGUUGGACUAAGGAUUUGAAAAUAAGCAAGGCCAGAAAAGAAGGUCGCAAUACUUACGUUUAACUGUGAUUAUGUAUGCAAAUUACUUUUGUGAGGUGUACAUUGAUGAUUUUACCAAAUUACGUUAAGGUACUCAUAUAAUUUAUCAUGUCUAGUCUUUUUUGUUAACCUUUAAAAGGUUUUAAAUUUAUUUAUUGAAUUGCGGUGCGUUUCGUUUAUUUAUUUAUUUAAGAUUUUAUUUUUGAAGGGCGGCGACUUCAGUUCUAAGUGCAAUGUUACCAUCUGUCUUUAUUCAUGUGCAAUAUUUUAUUUCAAGAUUUUAUUUUUACAUGUAUUUAUAAUCUGUGGAAGAGGGUGCAAUACGUUUUCCAUAUUUUAUUUCUAAUGUAAAGAUGUAUAUUUAUAUUUCAUUAGUCGUGCAAUAUUAUGUGUGUGCAAUACACUUGUGCAAUAUUUAAAUCGUGCAAUAUAGGUUUAUCGUGCAAUAACAUCUCGUGCAAUACAUUGUGUGCAAUAUCAUCACGUGCAAUAAGAUUCGUGCAAUAACUCAUCGUGCAAUAAUAGUAAGAUUUAAUUGUGUGCAAUAACAUCUAUGUGCAAUAUUUUAAGUGCAAUGUCUACUUUUAUUAUGAGAACCUAGUCAAGUAAUGUGUGCAAUAAAUGCUCUGUAGUUUUAGUUGUGCAAUCUAGUUCAUUACAUAUAAAAUAUAUUUAUUUACUCAUGUUUUACGUUAUAUGCAUAGUUAUGCAUAUCCAAAUGAAGUCGCCGUCUUAUGGUUUUAUAUAUUUACUUAGUUGAACGAAAUCCAUUUUAUUGACAUUAUAUGUUAUAUUAGUUUUAUACCUUAUGAUUUAAUAUCAGUAUUGCCAAAAUUUUCAAAUGCUUUACCAGCAAGUACUAUUUUACAUUUUUCUCUAUGUUUCAUUAUUUUACAUGUAAAAACUAUAAAUUAUACAAAUCAAUUUUGGACACAUUUAACUUUAUAAUCAAAAUCAUUCUAUCAAAAAGUUAUUCAUUUAACAACAUUUCAUUUUGUAUAAUUUAUAGUAAAUAAUUUAAGGAGUUAUCAAAUGAUUUUUAAUCAAUUGCUUUUUCAAAAACAUUAAAUUCAUUUUAAAUGGUUAACCUUUUAUGGAGUUUUAUUUUUUCACUUUUACAAUUUUUAUUUUUAAUUCCAAAAUUUGAUGUCUCCUUAUCAGUAGUUCGACAUGUUCAGUAAUCCAUGCCUGUCUUUGCCUUAUAUGAUAUUGUU